AUGUCUCAACAUAACCAACAUGUCCAACAAAGAAAUCCGCUACAACACCAACGGUAUCAACCCACCCCAGAAUAUCUAAGCAUGACACAGAGCUUUAUAAAUGGUGUAAAUGACGUUCUUGAUCAAGCAACUACGCAAAAUCAAAAUGAUACUUUAAGUACCUUAUUUGAUGCCUAUCAGUAUAACAAUCCCCAGAUGCUCACUACAUUACCAGAAGAAAAAGUGUGA